AUGACUUCUUGGUUCCCAGACCCCAGGCGGAUUGUCACCGGCCACAACUCAGAAGGCAGGGCAGUUGUUGUUGCUGACAGCCCAAUUCCUUGCGUCCCAACGCCGACGGGGGCCAACUUUGCGGUGCUCUAUGAGACGCACCAGUUUCCAGCCUCCAACGACGACUGGGUUGAUCCCACCAAGACGCGAACCACUGACUUGUCGAACCAGAAGGGAAUUAUUCUCCGGGUUGUCGACAUUCCGCCAAAAGUGGAAACGGUAACAUUGUUCCAUCGGACGGAGUCGCUAGAUUUCGGCAUCCUUCUCAAGGGAGAAGUCUCCUGCCAUCUUGAUGAUGGUGUCCGCAUCGAUAUGAAGCCUGGCGAUGUGUGCGUCCAGCGCGGUACGAUUCACGGAUGGACAAAUUAUUCUGAGGAACCCGCUCGCCUCUACUUUGUCCUCUCAGCUGCUACGCCUGUCAAAAUUGAUGGAAAGUUAUUGACGGCUUAUGGCUAUACCAAGGAAGAAGUCGAAAGUGGAGGCGCAUCACACUAG